UCAAUCGUCGAAGCAACAAGCAAACAUUUUCUUCCUACAUAAAUUCAAAGAUGAAGUUCGCUCUAGUCUUCUUGUUCGCCUUCGUGGUCGUCUCUCACCAGCAAUUGCAGAGGACGAGAUUGAUGCCUUGGAUGACGUCCUACUCGUCCCACAUCAACAAAUACCAACCAUUAUUCUUUUACGACUCGGACGUUGUCCGUCACGACGUCCCGUUCUUCCGUUACUCAAAUCCCAGCAUCCGGCCAACACCUUCUUACCUCUACUCGUUACAGAAUGAAGAUUUGAGCCAGGAUUUGGCAGCAGAAGAUGUUAGUCAAGAAAGUGAGACGAGCGACGAAUUUCUAGACACUCAAUCAAGAAUCAAUGGUUUCAAAAGCUUUGCCAAUAAUCACAACGCGGCUGGGAGAUUUUUCUACGGCAGCACCAUCAACAACCCCUUCUACAAAACGGCCACGUUCACCAUCAGCUCCACCGUCACCACCGUCGGCUCCAUCGUCCUCUGCGUCCCGUCCAAUAAUUUAGCGGCCGUUCCGUCGCCAACCUGCGCCGGCCGCAGGAAACGUGAAAACGAAGAUUCGGAAGACGAGCAAUUUCCCAUCAUCGCUCCAUCGGAAACACUCAAAUUGGUACCGACGGUCCUUUUGUCGUCGGAUAAGGGCCACCAUCAACUACCCGCUGAGAGCCGACACAAUUUGCUUAGCUCUAAAGAUGAAGCUGUAACUGUUAAAGUGUCAUCACAAGAGGAUCAGCAAACGAAUAAUUAUAGGGAGAAACGAUUUUUUGGUAACGGAAUAGCGGCGUCUACGACAGUGACUCGCUAUUCUUUUGUCGGGGCAACGCUGACGAGCACCGUGAUCUUAGACCCGACAUCGGGAAAUGUCGCCGAAUGUUUGCCAGCCGGUUAUGUUGUCUGCGCUUAAUAUCUAUUAGCCUAUUUAAUUGGCUGCUGGCAAGAAACAUGUCAAGGUUUUUAAAGGUCCGAAAAAUUCUGCAAGAAAUCACCAAGCUAUACGCCAGCAAGCUGACUCUCUGUUAUUAAUGAAUUCCUGUUAUGCAAAUUUACUUGGGUGAUGGUUUCCUUGGUCCACAAAUGGAUUGAAAAUUCUACUUCAAUACAAGUUAUCCCAGCAUCAG